CCCCUGCACAUACAUGAAUCUCCACAACUACAUUCCUUGUAAAUCACAACUAACUCUCCUCUUCUUCACUACAACUUGUCCCCAUGGCUUCUGAUUUUGGUUUGAAGGCCCUCGCCAUCCUGGCUCUUGCACUUCUCCUUUGUGUCCAGGGCACUCUAGGAGAAAUAACAUGUGAGAAUCUAGACCAAGACACAUGCGCUUACGCGAUAUCGUCUACGGGCAAGAGGUGCGUGCUGGAGAAGCAAGUGAAGAGGAGCGGAGAGGAGGCAUACACAUGCCGCACAUCAGAAAUCGAGGCUGACAGGUUAAGGAAUUGGAUUGAGACUGACCAGUGCCUUAAAGCAUGUGGUCUUGACCGAAAAGUACUCGGAAUCUCAUCGGACUCUCUGCUCGAAUCUCGCUUCACACAAAAGCUAUGCUCCCCACAGUGCUAUGACAGCUGCCCUAACGUUGUUGAUCUCUACUUCAACCUUGCUGCUGGAGAAGGUGUGUUCCUUCCAAAAUUAUGCGAGGCACAACAAGGAGGAAAUGUGCGUAGAGGAAUGGUCGAAAUCCAAAGCUCCGGUCACGUUGCGCCGGGACCAAUCCACCAUGGAAAGUUCACGACUGCUCCAGGACCUAUUUACACUGAGAAGUACACGGUUGCUCCGGCGCUGGCGCCUUAUUAGUAAUUCUUGCUGGGGAAGGCAAAAAGAAAGAAACAUGUGCGUGUGCGUGUGCGUGUGUGUGUGAGUAGGACUAUCUAUAGAAUUUGUAAGCAUAUAUAAUAAGGAAGUGGCACCGAUUUAUGGGCCGGGCUUGAGUGCUUUAUGCAUGAAGGCCAUGGGCUUGGACGUGUGUCUCUGGUCCAAUUAAUAAUGUGUUGCUCCAGUGUGAUUACUGAUUAGGAAGAUUUUGCAUCUUUUUUUAUUUUUAUCUUACCAAAUGUUGUGGCUGUGGCCUAUAUAAAUAUAUAUACUCCUGUCAUUUGCGUGUAGUAUGAUACCAGAAAUAAAACAAAAAUAGCUUUAUUUAGAUGA